AUGGCGGGUGCUUUUGGUGCUUCUGGCAACAACUCCCCUGGGAAACAUGCCAAUGCUCCCGCGGCCAAACGUCGUAGACGCUUUAGCCGCCGCCUCCAAAAGUUGAGCCCGCUCCCCGUUGACACCCCGCCUCAGGAACUCGCUGUAAUUCACGCCACAGGGGCCACCACGGCGCCUCCCCCCACUUUUGAGGCCCUCCCGUUGGAAAUUGUUGAGAUCAUUGUGUCCCACCUCGACGACGUCUCGGUGUGUCGCUUGUACGCCGCCUACAACGAAUGCGUGCAAAUGUAUGUGCCUGUCAAAAAGGUCAUCGCCGACCGGCUCAAGAAGGUCACGGUGCCCGUGUCGCCGGAGGUACAACCCAAACACGACACUUCUAUGAUUGACUUUGCCACGGCGGCGUUGCUUCCGUCGUGGUGCCACGUCCACGUGCACAGCCGGUUGGCCUAUUGGGACCUCGCCAAGUGGUACCUUCGCCAAUUGAAGUUUGCGCUGGUGGCAAUCACGGUGUAUGGCUCGUUGGCGCACAAGCAGGAUUAUGUCGAUUUCAACGGCGUCAAAGGAAAUGUGGUUGCGGUGCAUCUCAAGGAUAUCAAUCGCUUUAGAAACAUUCCCUUGUCCACUAAGGAACUCUAA